GUUAACACGGUACGCGUGACAAAAGCAGCUGAGUCAACAACUCGUUUGGGGGGAGGGUGACAAAAGCAAUGACGAGUGACUAACGAAAGGCAAAAGUCAUUUUCUCCUUCCUUCUCUUUCGCUACAAAAGCAGCAGCUGAGUCAACACAUCCUUUUCUAACCACAAAAAGUCAUCGUUCAAAAAGAGCGACUUUCACUCUCUAUCUUUGUUGGAUCUUGUCUUCAAACACACACCAUCAUCAGGUUUUCUCCAACCUCUCCGAUCUUGUUAGCAAAUAAUCAAUCUUUUUUUCAAUUGUGUUAUAGGUUCGAUUUGAUAUAUAAUCAUGUGACGUUUCUUGAAAACUUAAAAAAGGAAUCAUCUUUUAAUUGUGUAACGCACAGAUAUGGCCAGGUCUGGGGUAGAUGAGACAUCAGAAUCAGGAGCUUUUGUAAGAACAGCGUCUACAUUCCGCAGCUUUGUCUCACAAGAUCCUGCUUCUCAGUUCCCACCUGAAUCCGGAAGAUACCAUCUUUACAUUUCCUACGCUUGUCCAUGGGCUUGUAGAUGUCUCUCUUUCUUGAUGCUCAAAGGUCUUGACCAAGCUAUCACCUUCUCGUCGUGCCACACAAUUUGGGGAAGAACUAAAGAAACUGAUGACCAUAGAGGAUGGGUUUUCCCUGGUUCGAACUCUGAGCUCCCUGGAGCUGAGCCUGAUUAUCUUAAUGGUGCUAAGACUGUUAGAGAACUCUAUGAGAUUGCUAGCCCCAACUAUAUGGGAAAGUACACUGUUCCCAUUCUGUGGGAUAAGAAGCUUAAGACUGUGGUUAACAAUGAGAGUUCAGAGAUAAUCAGGAUGCUCAACACUGAGUUCAAUGGUGUUGCGAAAAACCCGUCACUAGAUCUUUACCCUUCUCAUCUUAAAGAAGCAAUUGAUGAGACUAAUGAAUGGGUUUUCAACGGGAUAAACAAUGGUGUUUAUAGAUGUGGGUUUGCUAGGAAACAAGAACCCUACGAUGAGGCAGUGAACCAAGUGUUUGAAGCAGUAGAUAGAUGUGAGGCAUUACUCGGAAAACAACGAUACAUCUGUGGGAACACUUUCACCGAAGCAGAUGUUCGAUUAUUCGUCACCCUCAUAAGAUUUGAUGAGGUUUACGCGGUUCACUUCAAAUGCAACAAGAGACUCUUAAGAGAGUAUCCGAAUAUCUUCAACUACAUAAAAGAUGUAUACCAAAUCAAUGGAAUGAGCAGCACUGUGAAAAUGGAUCACAUCAAGCAGCAUUAUUACGGAAGCCACCCUACGUUAAACCCGUUUGGGAUCAUCCCUCAUGGACCAAACAUCGAUUACUCUUCGCCCCACGACCGUGACAGAUUCUCCUCGUGAAAAGAUCAAAUAUCAAUGUUUAUCACCUGUCCUAAAAAUAACAUCCUUCAAAGAAACAUGUUUUUGUACUUCAAUUUUAAAGUCAAUAAUACUUAUGUGUGUGUGUUGCAAGUUAUGUUAUGUCUGAAUUUUGCAAAUUGAUUUGUAUGUUCCAACACUAGUUUUAAAGACGGUAGGUAAUACAUGUGUGUGAGUGUGUGUGUGUGUGUGUUGCAAGUCAAUAAUACAUUGAACCCUUGUCCGUUUUCUUGAUAUUUGAUUACCUAAAUCAAGAUCAUGCUGA